AUGUUGAAGGUGAUGCGUAUGAAUGCCACAGAUUGGAGUCAGUUACAGAAGACCACUCGGCCCCUCGUCGAGAUUUAUCUAGACAGAUCUAUUCCUUUCGUUCAACAGCCUGAGGACCACGUGUCGUUGGUUGUGUCAAAGGCUCGCCGAACACUUCAUUUCAUGAAGAAGUACCCUUUGAACUGGCCCUUGAGGCUAUACAUCGAACUCAACAUAUACGACCACAUCUUGUAUACAGAACAGCGUCGCCGGUUCGAACUAUUCGCAGGAUCACAUCAUGAGGACCAACGUUCACUUUCUACUGGCAUGUCUCCUCUGACGUCUCUUGCAAGCUCAAGCAGGGAAAGUGUGACAUUGAUCAAUCUUGACAGGAGUCUUUCUCCAUGCGACACGUUGUCUACCUUGACGUCUAUCUCUGGUGACAACGAGUAUUUGCUCGAGUAG